CAGUCCCACAAGGAUGUAGCGGUUGAGCAGUCGAGCUGAUGGGAUCUAAUCAACUAUCACAUUCAAAGAGGAAAUGGGAUCUAAUCAACUAUCACAUUCAAAGAGGAAAUGACGUCAAUCAUCCUUUUUGUUUGAAGGAUCAUUCGUUCUUCACUCUUUUGCUAUUAUCUGCAGGGAGCACAAUAACCAAGGUGCAUAUUAUUCUGGAACAUCCGAUAAAAUUGGAACAAAGUCAGAUGUAUGCUUUAUGCUCUUUUCGAUUAUUGAUCGAAAAAUAAAUAUGAAUUGCCUAAUGCACAAACACAAGGUGUAAAAUGCCAAAAACCUCCAAGAACCCCCUAUGUACUGUUACUACGAGAAAAUUAUCAUGUUACUAGUACUUCAAAAAAAAGCUGCAAAUGUAACGGAGGAGGAGAUAUAUUUCGAAAACUUUUUUCUAUCUUUUGAUCACUUCUUUAUUAAUUUGGAAAGCUGACUUUAAGACUCACACAUUGAUCGAUUUGAAUUUUAAUAAAAAUUUUAAAAUGUAAUGAGUAAAAAAAAAAUAGAAAAAAUUUAUUAAAAUCAUACACAAGAAUUUUAAGUACCACAAAUGAACAAGCUCCAGCUAUAGUCAGAGUCUCUAUUUAUAGGGAAAACCAUGGUUCAAUUAUUCAACCCCUUUUCUCUCUCUCUCUCUCUCUCUCUCUCUCUCUGACACGCGCAAACACACACACAAUGAGCAACUCAGAAGUAGAGAGAGACGAGCCACUAACCCCGGCAGGCCGGAUGUUCCUCACACCCGAAAUGCACCAAAUAAUCCACUGCAUCAUGGGUUGCGAAAACCUGAUCGAUGUCGCGGCCUUCAAAGCUGGAAUCACCAAUUCCGUCAUGAUCCAACUCCCCCGAUUCUCCAGCCUCAUGGUCCGAAACUCUCACGGUCGCGAACACUGGCGCAAAACCCAAGUAGACGUCGACCGCCACGUCAUUGUUGUCGAAGCCCCCGUCUUCGACGCCCGCGAAGGCGAUGAAGUGAAUGACGAAGAAGCUGUGAACGACUACGUCGCUGAUCUCUCAGUCUCUUCGCCUCUCAGCCCUGACAAGCCGCUGUGGGAGGCACACCUGUUGAGGGCUCACAAUUACAUUGUUUUUCGAAUCCACCAUGCAUUGGGGGAUGGCAUUUUGCUGAUGUCAACGCUUCUGGAGUGUUGUCGGAGGGCCAAUGAACCAUAUCAGAGGCCAAGUAUCGGUUCGGUGGAUACUUCUUCUGAUCCGUCCUCGAACCGAGUGAACAAGAGGAGGGAGUUAUGGAAGGUAGUGGUGGGGAUGUUGAUGGGGUUGGUUUUUAUUGUGGAGUUCGUGUUGAGGGCUUUGUGGGUUAAAGACAAGAGGACGGCCAUAAGCGGUGGUGCUGGGGUAAAGCUGUGGCCGAGGAAGCUUGCCACAGCGAAGUUUCGGUUGGAUGAUAUGAAGGCGGUAAAAAAAGCCGUUGUUGAUGCGACUAUUAACGAUGUACUUUUCGGCGUAAUUUCAUUUGGACUAUCAAGAUAUUUGGAUUUGCAAUCCCCAAAAGCUCUUCAAGACGGCGUUCAAAUUACGGGCCUAUCCAUGGUUAAUUUGAGGAAACAGCCAGGAUUACAGGAACUUUCGGAUAUGAUGAAGGGCAAUUCAGGAAUUCGCUGGGGUAACAAAAUUGGUGCGCUUCUCUUACCUGUUUAUUAUCAUCAAGGUGGAGCUGAUCCUCUCCGGUAUGUGAAGAGAGCCAAACAAAUGAUUGACCUGAAGAAACAGUCUCUAGAGGCUCACUUCUCUUACAACAUAGGUUAUCUUGCCAUGUCCUGUUUCGGACCAAAGGUUGCAAGCUUGCUUAACUACAGGAUUGUAUGCAACACGACCUUUUUAAUUUCAAAUGUGAUUGGCCCAAAAGAGGAGAUCUCAAUUUUCGGCCAUCCUGUGAAGUAUUUGAGGGUGAAUAACACCAGCCUACCCCAUGCAAUCACAAUGCACAUGGUGAGCUAUGCAGGAAGAGCUGAUAUGCAAAUAUUAGUGGCAAAAGAUGUCAUACCUGACCCACAAGUUCUAGCGAAGUGUUUUGAAGAUGGCCUGCACCAAAUGAAGGAGGCUGCAACUAAAGAAUGAGGAAAAUGUGAAACAGCAUCUUUAAGAAUGAGAUGUUGUAACAAGAUUUUCCUUCAUAGAUGUUUUGAAUAUUCUUGUGUAAACCUGCAUCAUAAAAUGCAAGACCAUGUAAAUUCGCUGUAUCUGUGUAAAAUAAGUUGUAGAUGCGUUUGAUGUUGUUUUUUUACAAGUUAAAAUAAAAUUUUGAGUUGUUUGUUAAAUAAAUUAUAGAAUAACAUAUUAUGAAGUGAAUGCGUAAAUUGACCUCAAUCAUUCUACACUUUUGAAGUA